GCUUUAAAACUCCUUGGUUCCGUAGUACCUACUUACAUUCAAUUAGUUGUCAUAGUUACAACCAAGUGUUUAUUUGUUUAUCAUAACAACGCGUAAUUGUCAGUCCGACAUGAAGGAUUUUUUAUAGUGUACUUUAAAAACGUAUUUAAUAUCAUCAUAAAAAAUAAACCAUGGCUUCGAGAUAUGCAGAUGACGAAGAUGAUGUUUUGGCGCCGAAGGAACCUCAGGUCACAGGUUUGGACCCUGAGGAACGGAAAGCAGCCCGAUCUCUACGAAUUAAAAGGAGGCAAGAUGCACUCAAAAGAGCUGAUCAGCCUGCUGAGGAAGCUGCGGCCGAAGAAGAAACGAGUCCUAUAGAACAGGCAACUGCCACAGCCGCCGAGGAACUGCAGCGGUUAGCAUUAGAUGGCGCUGCCAAAGUCACUAAUGUCAAGGUCACUACCGACGAGCGGGAAGUCGUCAGGCGCACGCAGUUCUUUCAUAAAAUGAAUAGUUCCAUGCAGAAGAUCGAAGCUGAAGCAAAUAGCGCUCAGAUCCAGUACGAAGCUAUUUCGGGGAACUGGGAUAAUAUGUUGGCAAUCAAGGAUCCGUUAGACAUUGAUGCUGAGAUGAAAGAGCAGAAGAAGAAAUGUGACGAUUUACUUGCACAAAAGGAUGCACUUAUUGCUGAACUUAAAAGUGAUCUUAAAAGAAUGGACGAGGCGUAUUAUGCAGAUCUAGAGAAACAGGACAAUGACAUUAAAGAACUGUCUGAUAGAAUUGAAAAGCAAGUAACGAUCAUGCAAAGGGCUUACGCAAAACAGCUAGGUUUGAUAGAAACAGCGAUUAAUAUUGAGCGAGUGGCGAUGACUGAGCACAACAACAAGAGAUGGGAAGCUCUUUACAAGCAGUGUGAUAAGGAAGAAGUUGCACAUUUGGAGUACAGGUUUUUACAGUUAGAUGAUCACAAACGAGAAAUGGAGACCAUCAUGUGGGACCAUCAUGAGAAAUAUCGCGAAGCUAAAAUAGAAUUGGAAUCUUUAAUUCAGGAGUUGCAACAGGAGCUAGAAAAAUUAAAAGCUACAUGUAUCAUCAAUACAGAAAAGAUUGGGUAUACUUAUCAGGUGCUAAAAAAACGUGAAGAGGAGAAUGUCUUUGUAAGAUCUCAACAAAAGAGGAAACUCAAUAAAAUGUCAGAUAUAGCUAAUUCUUUAAGAUCAAAGAUUCGGAAGGCAGCCGAUGAUGGCGCGAUAGAAGAAAUAAAAGCUGACGCCGAAAUCGUAAAAUUAAUGCAGACAAUGGACGACUUGGAGAAAAAAUCUGAUCAUUUCUCUCGCGUGAAUCAUUACAAGUUCACCCAAGUGUGGCGGAUGUCUACUGCCAGAUGUACAGAGUUGAGCAAACAGUUGCGUCAGGGGGAAAUAGCUUUGCAUGCACAUAUAUUAGCGGAACCACCUCCCCCACCACCACUAAAGCCACCUAAAAAUCCAUUGAGUAAAAACGAGCAUGAUAGCAAACGUGCAGCAAAAGAUGUUGUCAAGAAACCUACAGGCACCGAGGUUGAGGAGGCAAAGGAUAAAUUGGUUCGACAUAUACUGCAACUAGUUGCAGAUAAUACUGGAUUUUUAGUAGAACACAGAUUACUUAAAUUGAUUGAAAAGUACCAGUUGAGCUCCAGAAAUUUGUGUACGCUUGAUGCUAUUUUUAUGGCACUAGAAAUUCAAGCAGAGGAAGACGUAGAACUUUUGUGUUCUACGUUUUUGAAUUAUGCAUUUUGUCCGAUUUGCGUCGGUUUGGAAGUGGCGACUGAACCAGCGCCGUCCGCGUCUCAGGAUGGGAUUUCAAAGGCAGAUUCCUCAGGAGCUGUGAAUAGACCCCGGGGAGAUAGGAUGUCAAUGGUCAGGGGUCGUGCAAGUAUUGCCGCUAGAAGUAUUUCAGCAAGCACAUCGCGAUCAGCGCACAUCGGCUUCAAGAGUCAUGAAUUAUCGCCGUUGGAACAACUGAUGAUUACGGAGGCUGACGAAAUAAUGGCGAAAUGUGGCGAUCUUCAAGCAAAUGUCAUGGUGACAGCGGGCACCCUUGACACUGGGUCGGCGACUGGCAGGAGACCCGGAGCAAGAGGGGUCACAGUAGCGGCGCAACAGAAGGAUGAUGCUGGCCCUCCUAAGGAUGUCAAUCCUUUUCUAUGCCCACUGGGACAUGUUUUGGAAAUUGAGCCCAUGCAAGUGUUGACAGCUUUGAGUGAGUUCAUAGCGGCUUUCGUACCACCCGACAAGAAGAGAUAUAACGAUAUAUUAGACAGCUUAAAGCCUCCUAAUUUUGACACACCAUCGCGCAAACUGACUGCAGAAGAAAUCAGCAACUAUUGGACUCAAUGGAAAAAUGUGUUCCCACCAGAUAAAGACAAGUUCUGGGAUGGACUACUGGUUGGACUAAAUAAUUACUUGUCCAUACUGCAAGAGCGCGAACGUAUCCACGAAGAGGUUGUAGAAUUGCGGCGACGCAACGUUGCUCUUCGUCAGUUGGUUCGCGGCGCGCUGCCCGAGCUACCGACGGCGACUCCCAAAUACAUGCGUCACUCUCCUAGGACGUUUAUUGCACCUGUGCCUGAUACUGCACCUUUGGCUUAUGCCAGACUGCCGCCCAUCAAAAACUAAAGGCCGAUAAAACAACACUAUUGCUUCUUGCUUUCUGUCAAUCUCAAAUGCUUCAAUUGAUGAGACUGCAUAAUGGUGAAGGUUA